UCUAUCCAUUAGUUACGCUAAUAGUGUAGUAGUACUGUAUAUCAAUUAUUAUAAUUAUUAUUAAAUAAUAAAUCAUUCAACUUGGCAGCAUUAUGUCGAUAGAAGAUCCGUUUUUCGUCGUUAAAACGGAAGUACAAAAGAAUUUAAAUAACACCACUGUUCUGCAUAAAAAAUGGCGUGAACUUUCAGAGGAUGGUCGAAAUACCAGCAAAGAAGACUUUACUUGGACAACCAAUGAAUUAAAGAAUAAUAUUAGAAGCAUGGAAUGGGAUUUAGAAGAUCUUGAAGAGACUAUUACUAUAGUAGAAUCGAAUCCAAGUAAGUUUAGAAUAGAUGAUUUAGAGAUAAACGAAAGGAAAUCCUUUAUCUCGCGAACGAAGAAAACCAUUAAGGAAAUAAAGGAAGAGUUAACAAGUACAUCUAGAAGAGCCAAAAAGGAAAAACAUGAAAGAGAGGCUUUGCUCGGUAGUAAAGGUAGGCAUCAAGAUAGAUACACCCGACUAGAUAAGGAAAUUGAGCAAUCAAAUCAAAAUUUCAUAGAAGAAAAUCAAAAACAGCAGCAGCAAUUAUUUAGACAACAAGAUGAUCAAAUUGAAAUGAUUAGCAAAAGUGUUGGAGUCCUGAAGCAGAUGGGCCAGCACAUCGAUGGUGAACUAACUGAGCAAGCUGCUCUUUUGGAGGACUUUGAUCAAGAAAUGACCGACACUAAAUCCCGAUUAGAUAGAUCGUUAAUUAAAAUUGAAAAAGUAUUAAAAUUAUCCGGCGACAAGAAACAAACCUGCAUCCUUAUUGUGUUAAUUAUAAUUUUAAUAAUUUUAAUAAUUUU